UUUGGAAAGAGCUUUUAGUGUUAAAGUUUUAUACCAAGUUGGUGACUGCGAAAAUUUUCGAGGAACAAGCACAGGGUGUUUGAAGGAUUGAUAUUGGUAUCAAGAAAUUUCAAUUUCAAUAUGUGAGCAACCUGAAACUAGUUUACUACAACACAUAUGGCAGCACGAAAACACGACUUUAUUUUUAGUGGCACCACUGACAGCUUCGAAGAAUUGUUUAUAUCAGCGUUUGCACAUGAUUAAAUUUAAUAUUUGAGAAAAAAUGGAAAUUUUAUUAGCAAAUGUUAGUAAUAUAGACUUUAAAAUAGAGAAAGAUUUGGUGGAGCAGAUAGGAGCUGUUGCAUUACCAUUUUUUGGAAUGGACAAAUCGAUGGCUGCAGUUUGCCAAUUCGUGAGUUCCCAGAAUGGUUUAGAGUGUGAUAAGGGCUCAUCAUGUCCGUUUCGCCAUAUAAGAGGAGACAGAACUAUUGUUUGUAAGCAUUGGCUACGAGGGCUUUGUAAAAAAGGAGACCAGUGCGAGUUUUUACAUGAAUAUGACAUGAAAAAAAUGCCGGAAUGUUACUUCUAUUCACGUUUUAAUGCCUGCCACAAUAAAGAAUGUCCGUUUUUACAUAUCGAUCCUGAAAGUAAAGUAAAAGAUUGUCCUUGGUAUGACAGAGGUUUUUGCAGACAUGGACCCCAUUGCCGACAUCGACACGUGCGUCGCGUACUUUGUAGCAAUUACUUAGCAGGAUUUUGCCCUAAUGGCUGGAAUUGUAAAUUUAUGCAUCCCCGUUUUGAAUUGCCACCAAUCUCCGACUUGACAAAAGAAAUGUUGCUGAAGAAAGUGCCUACGUGCCAUUUUUGUGGAGAAUUGGGUCACAAAGCUUCGGCAUGUAAAAAGAAUCCCGAUGCUAAUGAAAAUAAUGAAAGUCGAUUUAAAUUUGGUGGAUUCCAAAAGCUUAACCAAAAUUACAGUUUUAAAGAGAGUCCUGAUGGUAAAAAUACAGAACAUGUGUCAUCAAGCAAUAACUUUUCUAAGGUACCGAAGCCAUUAGAUGAAAUAACUUGCUAUAAAUGUGGAAAUAAAGGACAUUACGCAAAUAAAUGCCCAAAGGGUCACUUAGCGUUCUUGUCAAAUCAGAGAAGUCAUAAAUGAAUAACAAAGUUAUGGACUUACUAAUAUGUUUAUUCAGAUGUAACUAGGCUAAGAUGUGUUUAAUGCUAAUACAAAAUCAAUACUAAUUUUUUAACUCAUUGUGAAUACAACCCUACGUGAUGUAACUUUAAUUUACCGCAACAACGAAAACUGGAAGUUUUAAAUUGUGAUAGUAAAAAAAAUGUUAAUUACUUCUAUCAUUUGGCUGAAAAAUACCAUUCGGAAGGGAUACCCCGGUUAAAAACUCAAAUUGCUCAUUUUUAUUUACUACGAAAGGCAAACUUUAUUACUAUUCGUAUCAGUUAUAAUUAUUACAUCCUUGGGUGGAAAAAUGGAAUGUUUCGAUCAGGUGAUCUCAGCUGUGUUUGAUGAUAGUUUUUCUACUUGUAGGACUGUACAAUGCCCUUUCCACAGGGUGGUGACUAAUUGGUUAAACAAGACCAAUUGUUUGCAUUGCAAACUCAAUAUCGCAAUUUAAGGUUACCUCCGCUUUGUAAUCUGUUUUCAUAAGGUCUUUAAGACUGUUUCACAUAAACCCUCUUCGCCUUGCGGAUAAAUGCGUUCGUCAAUUACUUUUUUCUGGGCUGGUAACAAAUUCAAAUGAAGGAACUUUAAACAGCUGAUUGCUAAGAAGCCUCAGUGAGUCAAUAGUGAGACGCACAUUUUUUUUUUUAUCAGAAAAGCAGUUUAUGUCACCAAUAAAUUUUCAUUAAGCACACUA